AUCAAGUCGCCCACGGAAUCCCUGUUUUGAUCAUUUUUUCAUCCAUUCCAACCUGGAGCUUCCCUGACCGUAUCCCAGCAUCCAGCUACUAAUACUUCUACUACUAGUAGCUAGCUAGCUGGUAGCUAUUGCUGUCUAGGAUGAUGACCAAACUACAUUCUUUCCUGUGCCUCGUGCUCUGCUUUUAUCACACUCAGCCAUUCUUAAUUAGGAGUAGUCAACGGGCUGAUAAUUUCGCGAGAUACCCAAGGCGGAGAAACAGAUUGGUCUUCUAUGCUUCCACCACAAAAAGCGACAACCCAUCAUCACAAGAAGAUCGCACCAGCAGCAGCAGCAGUGUGAAGGAAAAACAGCAAUGGAUCACCUGUUCGUCCACCAAAGAACUCGCUCAUGCCGUUCGGAACCUGGUCCAACCGGGUGAUUGUGUGGCAGAGCUUGGAUCGCAACUUCGAGAGGUAUCUACCGCCAUUUGUGAAGCUACCCAAGGAAAUGCCAUGCUGGUGGAUACCACUCGAAAGUUCCCCAAGAAUACGGAACGGAAGGAUCGAACACGAGCCAUGCGAAUGGAAGGAGACGAAACCGACUUUUUUCCAGGCAUUGCCAGGUUUCAGGAGAUUCAGCGAUUGGAAGAUUGGAGGCACGCCUUUUUCUUCUCUGUUGGUGAUCAGUCACUAGUAUCCUCCUAUGAUGUAUUUGUGGUGGAUGUCAACUCGAUUGUAGGAAAUGACCUGGAAUGGACCACUCUGUCCAUUAUUCGAGAGUUUGUGGCUUUGAAUGACAACAACAAUCCGUGCCGCCUGGUCCUGAUCAAAUCACUAAGCCUCAACCAAUGGGCGUCCCGGAUCAUUCAUGGCCGCAAAUGGUGCCAAGGAGCUUCUUAUUAUUUCAACAACAACAGAACAACAAUCAGCACUACUGCCAAGAAAUCGGAACAACGAGCUCCUUGUUAUGUUGUGGCCACCGUGGGUGUCCCCGAAUACCGGGAUACCAUUCCUUUUACGGUUCAAGCGGGUGAUGCCGUCCUGGAGAUUGGUUGUCAUUUGGGAACCUCCACUGCCAUGAUUCAUCAGGCUGCAGCAAUAAGUCGUGAUGAUACUGAUACCGGUACUCACAAGGGAUACUGCAUUGGGGUGGAUAUUGGAAACAAGAUUGUGCAGGGGGCACAACGGCGCCAUGCCAACAUUUACUUUGCCGUGGGGGAUGCCUGGCGAACAGCCGAGUUGCUACGAAUCCAAAAAGACUUUUUGCAACAGGAAACAGACGAUGAUGUCAACCAACGGAUUGGCUUUGACGUUGUCUAUGUCGAUGUCGGAGGGUUAUCUGGCCCAGACGGUCUCAUGGAAGCCUUGUCCCUCAUCUCCGCACUGGAAAAUGCAUUGGAACCACGGUGUAUUGUGAUCAAGAGUUUGUGCGUGCGACGGCUUUCGUCGACCCUUGUUCCCUAUUGGAAACUGCAAUCUAGCUAGCUAGCUCUUGAAAUCUAGUAGACUACUACUUCUGUUU